AUGAGGGUGGGAGCUGCGACCUUGGCGGGGGGGAUAUUUGGCAUAUUGGGGACUCUGUGUUUCUUCGUAGCUUUUGGUACAGACUAUUGGCUGGUGGCCAGUGACGACUGUGGACUGUACACAUGGCCAACACAAACAACACUGAUGGGUGAAAAAGAUGCCAAUGGGACUGAGAUCCCGUUAGUGGAAGCCAUCACUGCUCUUCCUCCAUCUCUCACUCUGCACCACGAGGGCUUAUUCUGGAGAUGUGUGUUUCAGGUGGAGCCCACCACACAUGCCGUCCUGGCCACCCUCUUCACAAACCAGCCAGAGUCCAAGGUCUGUGUCCAUGGUUACCUCUUCCCUCUGCCUGUUGCACUCGGACAGGUUCCUCAUCCAAACUAUGAUACUACAGGAGUGUUUCGAGGUUUCUGGACCGUGCUGAUAAUCCUUGGCCUGGUUGCAGCUCUCACUGGUGGCUUCCUCUUGGUCUGUGGUGUCCCCUUCUUCAGCCACAAAUUGUACAAGCUGGGUGGUGCUUUCCUCAUCGUUGCUGCCUGCUUGUUCCUGUUCAUACUGCUGCUCUAUGUUCUGUGGAUGGAGGUGGUGGAGGUGAAGCGCUAUGUCCUGCAGGAGAGAGGGGAGGCCUGUCCCAAUGCUAACGUGUCAGUCUUCUAUGGUCUGUCAUUCAUGGUGGCAGCUGCCGGUGUGCCUCUGGAGCUCAUCUCUGGGAUGGUGUUCAUGCUGGUGGCCCGUGCGUUGCGUGCCAGCAAGUGAGCCCUCAACUUGCCAUGUGGGUUAAGAAAAGACUGACCUUUCUAUGUCGUGCACUGGGACUCCACCGCACACUUGUGGGAUGUAAAUACUAGAAGGAAUGACAUGAUGGAUAGCUCAGAGCCACCCUUUGGAUGUCAAGUAGCAUGCAGUCAGUGUCAAUUUGUUUUAUACCACUUUUCUAUAAACCUUUCUUUCUCUAGAAAACAAAUGAUAGAAUGAUAAUAACACACGUUGAGUUGCAUUCAUUGGGUUUAUGGUAGAACACUAUUUGUUGUGCAAAGACUGUGUUUUUCUUAACACUGUGUAGGUAUAAAUAUCUUUUUCACUCAGUUGCAUCCCGCUGUUAUUCUUUUGAUCAUUGUUGUAUUGAUGCUGCGAAUGACGAGUCCAAA